CCUUAUCCCCAGUUGGAAACUAACAGAGAGGAGUACCUUAGGAAAUCGAUUGACACUAGAGAGAUGGAAUCCUUCAGGAGGCCUAACAGAAGCGAUGUUCAUUUAUCGAGGGAUGAAGAGGUGAAAGCAGAGGAGGAGACGAGAGAUUACUUUGACGGUAUCGCUCCCAAGCGCCAUACCAAGCCGCGGAGGAGCGAGGAUUCUUCCAACUAUGUUGAUGCACUGUCCAGUAAUGGCGUUGACAAUCCUACACCGGAGUUGGUGGAGUUCCAACGCCUCGAGGGUAGUACUCAGAAACUGAAUUACAGUGGAAGCCAAGUGGAGGAGGAAUUUAUGGAGACUGCCUACUACAAGGAUCUCAACAACGUUGACAAGCAACACCACCAGACUGGAACCGGCUUUAUAAAGGUGGAUAAUUCAAGUGAUGGAAGUUUCAAUCUCACACCUGAUACUUCCACAGGACUUCAUGCCUCCUGCAAGGGCAAUCCAGCAACCAACGAUUGGAUUCCCUCCGCUGCUGACACGGUGAGCCAGAAAUCUGCACCAGAUCAGGAUUUAAUUGCCUCAGACAAGCCAAACAGGAGUGAAAAUUGAGGUGGCUUGGUCAUGUCUCCAAAUAUUCUGGACGAAGCACAUUAUUCCAUGCAUUUGACGUGGUUCAUAUUCAGUAUUUGAAAGGAGUUAUUGUCCAACUUAUCCCCAGCCUACAGGGUCUAAGAUAUGGUAGCUACAACACCAAUAGUAUUGCCUCAGGUUGCACGGGUCACUUAUCCCAAAAAAAAAAAAAAGAAGUUGCGCUGGUCAAUGUGGAAGUGUUUCUUUUACUGUAAGAUUACUACCUUUGAAUAAUCAAUAAAUGACCAAAUAAAUCUUCAAU